AUGUGUGAACAGGAGGCUGAGUCUAUUGCACACUCCCUGCUGCUAUGCAAUUCUGCUAGGCAAGUUUGGAAUAAAUGGGAGGGCUGCCCAGUGAAUUUGGAUGAUAAUUGCUGGGAUUUUUCUGAAGCCGCGAUGAGAAUCCUCAAUGCUGGAACUGCCCGAGACUUGGAGCUCUUUAUUGUUGUUGCUUGGUCCAUCUGGUAUAACAGGAACCAAAAGUGUUUUGAAGACAAGUUCCACUCACCCAACCAGGUUUGGCACCACGCGAAGAGGAUGAUCUCUGAACAUAAAGAAGCUGCUGCCUUACUCAAUGGGAGACAUGCCCUUGAAGGAUCAAGAUGGAUGGCCCCCCCACUAGAUUUCCACAAAAUUAACGUGGAUGGUGCAUCGUCGGAUGAUGGCAGAAGGUCAAGCAUAGGGGUGGUUAUCAGGAAUUGUAAGGGAGAAGCAGUGGCAGCCCUUAGCAAAGUGCUCCCUGGACAGUACACGAGUCUUGAAACUGAGUUUAUAGCAUUACAAGAGGGAGUUCUGCUGGCUAGAGAACUAAAGCUACCACAUGUCAUCAUUGAAUCUGAUUCUCUCAUUGCUAUCCAAAGCCUACAAGCUCUUAAUAUUGAAGGUGGUGUUGGUCAUCUAUGCCAAGGUAUAUUAAACCUUAUGGACUCCUUCAAAAGCUGGAAUUUUAAGCACUUGAAAAGGGACUACAACAAGGUUGCACAUGAUCUUGCUCAAUAUGCUAGACAAAAUGGUAUGAGUCAGGUUUGGAAAGGAGUCUCACCUCCUAUGGUGCAGCACCUCAUCACUCUAGAUUGUGUUGCAGCAUCUCAUAUGUAG